GGUCAAUAAAUGGAGAACUCUGGAGGAGGAGGUGUAAAGUAAAGAAGCCGAGGGAGGAGGAACGGGACGGGACUAUAAACAGAAGUUAGACUACAUUUCAACACAUCGUCGUCUGCGCCUCUCAUCGCAGGAUUGUAAAGACUUCUUCGCAAAGGAAACCAUAUCCUCGUCAGCCAUGGGUGUAGUGGGGGGAAUGAAAUGUGUCAAGUACCUGCUCUUCUUUUUCAACUUCCUUUUCUGGUUAUGUGGUUUAGCACUGGUUGUGGUGGGAGUCCUGGUUCAAUUGGGUCUGCACAAAACCUUGAUGAUGAAGGAUGCUACAGCCUCAGGAGCCCCGAUUGUUCUGAUAGCCGUCGGCGUGGUGAUUUUCUUCAUCGCCUUCUUCGGCUGCUGUGGUGCCUGGAAAGAGAACCACUGCAUGGUCGCCACGUUUGCUGUCCUCCUCGUUCUGGUCAUUCUUGUUGAGAUUGCAGCAGUAAUCGCCGGAUACAUCUUCAGAAACAAACUCUCGGUUGUCGUCCAGGAUAGUCUUGAAGACAUGAUUUCUGAUUACAAGAACGGCACAGCUGAAUUCAGAAAGUCUUUGGAUAAGCUGCAGGAGGAUUUGAAAUGCUGUGGCGUGAACGGUUCUUCUGACUGGACAGACUUUGGAGCUGACAAGAACUCUGUGCCUGACUCAUGCUGUGUGAAAGUUGCUACCGGCUGUGGAAAAGGGACCAUGAAAGACGCUGCCAAAGUUUACCAGAAGGGUUGUCAUGAUGCUGUGGUGACGUUUCUGAAGAAAAACCUCCUGUGGGUGAUAAUUGCAGCUAUUGUUAUUGCCGUCCUGCAGAUAAUGGGCAUCGUGUUCGCCUGCUUGUUGAUGAGAGGAAUCCGCAGCGGUUACGAAGUCAUGUAAUAGGACUCGUCUGUUCAGAACGUGCUUAUUGGGAGCUGUGGUAAACUUUAAUAUGUUCGUACUUCAGAUAUAAUGCACAGCACAAUAUAUUUUCUCUUGUAUUGAGUUUGGAUUAUAUUUACAUAGAUUAACCAUAUCUCUGCUUUGAUACUGUAUGUGCAUGUAUGUGUAUGAAAUAGAAAUGUUCACUUCGUCAGCAUGUGUUCUUGUUGCUUGUGAGGAAUUUUAACUUUAGAGUCACAUUACUUUACUUAUUCUGUUUAGAGAGUUAAGAUCUUGUUUUAUGUUCUGCUGGUUCCCAGUUUCUGUUUUUAUUAAAGACUCUUUAAAUUACA